ACGUCGCUGUGACGUCGGCGCAGUGCGUCGUCGCGUAAUAAAAGCUGCACCGGGUCGACGGUCCCGCCGAUGUCAGGCCAGUGUCCCGACUUUUCUCGGCUUUCGCGCUACGUGUCCCGCCUCGUCGCUGACGUCGGCAUCGUUAUUGUCACGAUUCCAUCCUAUCGUUGGCCUCAGCCUCUCAUAUGAUCGCAUAACACUUCGUUAAAAGCGAGGGAAUCUGUCGCGUCGUAAAUUUAAAACGUUGCCGAGAGACCUAGUGCGCUGAAACCUCCAUCGCCCGUUCAGCUCGCUGACGACGCGCGAUGUCGUCGAGCGAUGCUGUCGAAAAUGCACGAUGUUGAUCUUGUGACCACCAUGGUGUGAGAAGCCACCGGGACAUGUGCCUUCUUGCUCCCUAUUGAUCGGCGCGUCCUGACCGGCGCGACCAGAAGAUUUGCACAUUUCACGACCUGUACGAGACCUGAGAAUGGGGAUUGCGCAGAUGAUAUUCUCCGGUUUCACCAUCAGGUCCGCGCCGAUCAAAGUAUUCGUGGCGAAGAAUCCUAGCGCGCAAGUAGGCCCCCCUUCUUUCCAGAGCCCAGUCGGGGGACUCCUAUGUGCACCUGUGCAGGUUAAGAGGUGUUGUGUUUUCACCUGGCAGUUCAACCUACAAUCGCGAGCGAGAACGUUUCGCAGGCGAGAUCGUCUGCUGAUCUUGAUCGAAACAGAGAAGAAAAUUCGAGUGUCGUAACAUUUGAUAAAACAUUAAAUAUUAUAAAUGCGCUAAGUUGUACGUUUUAUUCUGGGACGAUGUAAUUUUACAGUGCUCAUCGACAAAUAUUGAUAAUCCUCGUAUGCUAAGCAAGUAACUUUCGAAUGAGUACUCGGUAUAAGACAUUUCAGUUAGUGGCUUGAAAGGGCAAACGUUUGAAGAAGAGUCUAAUCGACAAAAUUCAAGAUGGACACCAUGUUGGAGAAAAUGGGAAAGCUGAAUCUGAGGAUUCCAAGCUGUCCUGUGAAAAGUUCACAGCCUCUGAAAGAAUUUGUCGGUCGCUGCCAGACUAUGCCAUCACGAGUGAAGAAAUCGUUUUGCGGCUGCCUCCAGGAUGAUGAGCCACCGGAAAUCACGUAUUGCGUUGUGGAACACACGGGUACGCUCACGCUACAAGCGAUGACACCUACCUUGCCAAUGCCAUCCGAGGAAGAGCUAAAUAAAAUGUUUCUCGAACUUGUCGAUGAAUUGGAUUUAACUCAAGCCAAUCGACAAGCAGUUUUAGCACUUCCUGCGAAUAAAAAGUGGCAGAUAUAUUGCUCUAGAAAAGGUAAUGGCACACUGGACAACGGAGGCUUACGGACAACCGAUCUUAGCGGCGAUCCCGAGGACUAUAUCAAUAGAUUGAAGACUAUAGCGAACAGUCCUUUUCCGGAGGAAGAUGAGGAGAUAUCGAAUCAAAUGCGCCAAGUCGAAGCUCUAAAGACUGCCUUGAGGACGCAGCCGCAUAGUUUCGUUCUCAGAUUUAUAGAACUAGAUGGCUUAAAUGCUCUUUUACAAGUAUUAGAGACUAUAAAUGCUGAAGCGGCUGAUAGCAAUCUCCAUACCAGCGUCAUAGGAUGUCUAAAAGCUUUAAUGAACAAUUCAAAUGGUAGAGCGCAUGUGUUGGCGCAUCCAACGGCAAUCAACACAAUAUCGCAGUCGCUGGCGACUGAGAAUAUAAAGACCAAAAUCUCUGUAUUAGAGAUCCUCGGCGCGGUUUGUCUAGUGCCGGGAGGUCAUCGCAAGGUCCUGGAGGCUAUGCUGCACUUCCAACAAUAUCAUUCCGAGAGAACACGCUUCCAAUGUAUAAUUAACAAUCUCGAUAAAAAUUUCGGCGUUUACAAGGAUAAUCUAUCCUUGAAGACGGCAAUCAUGUCAUUUAUCAAUGCCGUGUUGAACUAUGGGCCGGGUCAGGUGACACUGGAGUUCAGACUGCACUUGAGAUACGAGCUACUGAUGCUCGGCAUUCAGCCUAUUAUCGAAAAACUGAGAAGGUAUGAGAAUGAGACACUCGAUAGACAUCUCGAUUUCUUCGAGAUGGUGCGGAAUGAGGACGAAAAGGAACUUGCUAGAAAGUUUGAGAAGGAGCAUGUGGAUACUAAGAGCGCUAGUGCCAUGUUUGAUCUUUUGCGACGAAAACUUAGUCACACUGCUGCUUAUCCUCAUCUUCUUAGUUUACUUGAACAUUGUCUCUUGUUGCCAUUGGAUUACGGUUCACAUCCUCAGCAUUGGUUGCUGUUCGAUCGAAUCGUUCAGCAAAUCGUUCUGCAAUCCGAAAGCACCGAGACAGGCUUGAUAACGAAUCCGGACGUGGCUCCGAUUGAAAUAAAUGUAAAAGAGAUUGUUCAUCUUCUCGCAAAAGAGGAGGAACUUGUGGCAGCGAGAAAAAAGGCCGAAGAGCUGGAACGUGAAAAUUUAGAUAUGUCCACAAGACUGGCUAAAAAGGAGCAAGAAUUAGAUCUGAGAACUCAAGAAAAAGAAGAUAUGGAGGCGAGUUUAGCAAGAAUCAAAGAACGUCUCGAGAAAGAGACAUCGAUGCACAUAGAGACAAAGCAAAAAAUUUCUGAACUACAAGAUAAUCUUGAGACAUUGUCGCGACAAAUUAAUAAUGAGAAAUCUGAGAGAAAGCGUCUAGAACAGUUGGUAGCUUCCGGAAGUUUGCCAGACGAUGCAAAAGCUACACUGAAAAUUGUGGAGGAUGAAGUACUUGAGAAGGUUGAGACAAAACCUACUCCGCCACCACCGCCACCUCCUCCAUUAGCACCACCACCACCUCCUUGUUUAAUGCCGAUUGCUCCUCCAGCAAUGAAGGUGGAGAUAAUAAAAAACGUUCCGCAGCCGAGUAACCCUUUGAAAUCAUUUAAUUGGUCCAAGAUACCUGAGCAAAAGUUGCAAGGCACAAUAUGGUCUGAGUUGGACGAUAGUAAGCUUUAUAAUGUAAUGGAUCUUGAGUCUAUCGACAAAAUCUUUUGCGCAUAUCAGAAGAAUGGGGUUUCCACGGAGGGCUCAAUAGAAGACUUAAGGACUCUAGGAAAAAAUAAGAAAACGAUGUCAGUGAUCGAUUCGAGGAGGGCGCAAAAUUGCACGAUAUUAUUAUCGAAAUUGAAGAUGUCUGACAAUGAAAUCACUAGGACGAUAUUGUCAAUGGAUCAACAGAACAUUUUGCAUAUCGAUAUGGUGGAGCAAUUGCUAAAAUAUAUACCGUCCUCGGAGGAGGCCGCCUCGUUAGAUAUCCAUCAGAAAGAAUUGCAGAAUAGAGCCGACAGCUUUUUGUAUCAAAUAUCAAAAGUACCGCAUUAUGAACAGAGGUUGCGUUCUUUGCAUUACAAGAAGAAAUUCGCGGCUAGCAUCGCGGAAUUGACGCCGAGGAUGCGAGCAGUUCUGGAAGCGAGCCGGCAAGUGGCCAGAUCAAGAAGACUCAGAAAGCUUUUGGAAUUGGUUUUGGCGUUAGGAAAUUAUGUCAACCGCGGAAACGCGCGGGGUAACGCGUGCGGUUUCCGAUUGGCUUCUUUAAAUCGUCUGGUUGACACAAAGUCUUCUUACUCUAAGGGUACAACUUUAUUACAUUAUCUCGUGCAGAUUCUCGAAGCCAGAUUCAGAGAGGUCUUAGAUAUCGAAGAGGAUAUGCCGCAUGUUAGAACAGCAGCUAGAGUCAGUAUGGCUGACCUGCAAAAAGAAGUCGCCAAUCUUAAAAAUGGACUGCAGGAUGUACAGAGGGAGAUAGAAUUUCAUCGAGGUCAAUCUCAGGUACUUCAGGGUGAUAUGUUUCUACCAGCUAUGAGGGACUUCCAGGCGCAAGCCACAUGUAGAUUAGCAGAGGCUGAAGACUUAUUCCAAGACAUGAAGACUAGGUUUGAUCGAGCAGUGAGAUUAUUUGGUGAAGAUUCGGCUGGCGUUCAACCAGAUGAAUUUUUUGGUAUUUUUGAAAAUUUCCUGCAAGCUCUGGCUGAAGCGAGACAAGACGUAGAAAACAUGAGAAAGAAGGUUGAAGAAGAAGAACGUAGAGCAAAACAAGAACAGGAACUUCGAAAGAGAACAAUAGAGAGAAAGAAUUCGCGAGAAGGUAUCUUAAAUAGCAUAUCGCUAACCAAAAAGAACGAAGCAAACAGUAAUGGCCAAAAUGACAAUAAGGGCGAAUUCGAUGACUUGAUAUCCGCUCUUCGAACUGGCGAUGUAUUCGGCGAAGAUAUUGCCAAAUUUAAAAGAUCAAAACGACGACCUGUUACACCUAGUGGUCAAGAAACACGCAGGCAUAGCGCUCAUAAGGAAGAUUCCCGGGAACGCCAUUAA